UUUUUUGAAAGGCACAACUCCAAUACCUCUUGAUCAUCUUCUUUCCAUUAUUGUCUGUAACGAAUCUGUGUCACACGUGUACAUGGAAUUCCACGAAGAUAUUGUCAUAGUCGGAGCUGGCAUAGCCGGUCUCGCUACCGCUUUGGGACUUCACAGGUUCGGAAUUCGGAGUUUGGUAUUGGAAUCAUCGGAGAGUUUAAGAUUAACGGGGUUCGCGCUUGCCAUGUGGACAAACGCGUGGAGGGCACUCGAUGCUCUUGGCAUUGGAGAUGUGCUUAGGGCAACAGCUCUCCAAAUUCAAGCUUUUGAAAUUAGUUCGUUCAAUUCGAACCUGCCUAGCCAAGAGCCAAGCCCCAACUCAAAUCUCAACUCUGGCAAGACUGAACUCCGUUGCGUGAGAAGAAAAGACUUGUUAGAAACUUUAGAGAGAGAGUUGCCACAAGGCACCGUCAGAUAUUCUUCGAAAAUUGUUUCCAUCGAAGAAUCAGGGAACUUCAAAUUGCUGCACCUUGCAGAUGGUUCCGUUUUUCGAACCAAGGUGUUGAUUGGAUGCGAUGGAGUCAACUCAAUGGUGGCGAAAUGGUUGGGUCUUAAGGAUCCGAUUAACACCGGGAGAUCAGCAAUUAGAGGCUAUGUUGUCUACCCAACUAACCAUGGUUACGAACCGAAGUUCCAUGCUUACUUUGGUGGGGGUGUACGCUAUGGUUUUGUACCCUGCGAUGACAAGAGUUUAUACUGGUUUUGCACUUUCUCUCCUUCACUCUUUAAAUAUGAUGAAAAUGAGAAUAAUCCCCUGAAAAUGAAGCAAUUUGUGCUGAGCAGCAUAAAAGAUGCACCGGAAGACGUAUUCGAUGUGGUGGAGCGAACCACACUGGAUUGCAUCUCAUAUGCUCAUCUAAGACAAAGAUCCCCAUGGAAUCUUCUUACGGGGGACAUUGUGAAAAACAACGUUUGUGUAAUCGGUGACGCUUUACAUCCUAUGACACCUGAUUUAGGUCAAGGAGGUUGUUCGGCUUUGGAAGACAGUGUCGUUCUUGCAAGAUGUUUAGCCGAAGCUUUGUUGACGAAAAACGAAAGAGACGACGAAGAAUGUGAAAAGCCGAAAAUGGGUCGCCAGAAGUUUUCGAACCAGAGGAGGUGGAGAAGCUUUAGUCUAAUUAGUGCAGCUUAUUUGGUUGGUUUGGUACAAGAGAGUGAUGGUGUAGUGAUCGACUUUCUGAAGAAGAAGUUUAUGUCUAGGUUUAGUGUUGGAAUUGUUAUGAGGAUGUCUGAUUUUGAUUGUGGCAAGUUAUUAAUUGUUUCUUAAUAAUUAAUUAUGAGGUAAUAAUAAUAAUAAUAAUUUUCACCUAAAUGAGUUUCCAAUGAUUGGGCAUGUGGUGAUUAAUUUAUUAAAUGAUAAAUGAUAAUAAUUUAUUUCCCU